CGCUUGUCUGUGCCCUACCCAUCUCUCAUUUUCCAUCCCUGAUCCACUCUCCGCCACGGCGUCGCCACCCCGCAACUUAGCACCUACCGCCGCAUUCCGAACUCCAAUAGCCCAUCAUGACGGACCUCAGCAAGUGGGAUAGUGACAACACCCUCUAUCUCUUCACCUCUCUGACAGCCGGCUCCACCCAUGUCGUCACCGCCACCUCGCGCAUCGAAACAAUCCUCAGAGCGAACCGAAUUCCCUUCACCUACAUUGACACUGCGACAAAUGAAGAGGCCAGGAAGUUGUACAGUCGUAGAGCCGGCGGCAAGAAGUUCCCAUUGCUGGUGAAGGAGGGUUACGUCCUCGGCGGCAUCACGGAAGUCGAAGAAUGGAAUGAAUUCGGCGAGCUCCAUGACGAAAUCGGGGAAGUGGCCACCGUCAAUACCUCCAUCGUGACCGCCCCACAGAACGCAGACUUCAAGUCCCCGUAUGGUGACCCCAAGGCUUCCGCGCCCGUCGCUUCCUCGGGAUCCUCCGUGGCAUCCAAGAAGACGGACUCGACCAAGGAAAACAUUCCUGCGCUGUCCGAGGAGGCGCAGUUAGCCAUGGCCCGCGCCAGCAGUGAAAUCGCAUCGAUUGCGUCGGAGAAGAAGAAGGCACCUUCGAUCGCUUCCACGAAGACCACGCAGUCCAAGUCCACUCCGGACGCGGAGUAAGAUAACAUCGCACGACAUCUCUGGCAUUUCGACUAAUCGACAUCUCAGCACUACCCUCGUCGACAGGACCAGCACCAGCGCCCCUCGUUCCUCCAGCGAAUCGGC